UGUCUGUCGCUCAGGGCCAGAGAUGUCUGGCUCUGUAAUAUUAGCGAGCUGUGGCGAGAAUAACACGCGGGUUGUGCUCAAAGCGGUGUGAGCUGAUGCUGUAUUAUUAUGUUCUAGCUGACAUGGAUUAUGCAAUGGACGAUGACAUCUGCGUCCUGACCCACGAGAAAGCCGUACGGAAACCCUUUUAAGACAGUCGAGGACGGAGUACUGAAGGCUGAGGACCGAGAAAUAACACUUAUGGGGAAUGGCCAGGGUAGAGGUGUGACUGCAGCCUCUGAACAUGUGCGGAAACAACAGGCGAGCCUGCCUGCAUGCCACUUCCUUAUGAGAGCGCAUACAGGAGACUUCGCCUGAGAAUGUCCUAAAAGGGUUUCCGUACUGGUGUGAUGUCACAUCCCUCCUACAUCUUGAUCGCAUGGCCUGGACAACACAACUUCCUGGAAGCGGCUCCAUUCGAUUAUUUAGUGUUACAAAAGAAUAAGAAAAUGUACAGACCAAGAAGUGGAAGGCAUUUAAGAAGCAGCCACUACCCGUAUUAUAGAAGAUAUACAUAUGACACUUCUGAUUACUUUUCUAAAGAUGAUGAGCUGUUUGAUAUGAAGAGGGCAAAAGGACCUAUGCAGGCCAAUCCUCGAUAUGGACAUAAAUGUGACGUUUGUAAUAUUGUUUGUACAUCUGCUUACCAACUGGAUGAACAUUUAUUAGGAGUUAAACAUAAGGCAAAUGUGGAAGAAAAUAUCUCCAGAAGAAGCAGAAAAUACUUCAGUAGAGACAGAGAAACUGGACAGGACAGUGCAUUAUUAGUUAUACAGACCAAUAAAGAGCUUUAUCAGUUUCUGGAAUAUUUUGAAGUGGCAAGUGACUCUGAUGUCUCCUUCCUCUUAAAAGUUGCAAAAGGUUUUCGGUGUGCCCUCCAGAAGUUUAAGAGUGGUAAUUUGGAAAAUGAGGUGUGUCAAGAAGUAGUGCCUAGUAGCGAAAGAAGCUUUUCUGGAGAUUCUGAAGCCAGCACUGCUAUGAAAACACCAAUGGAGAGUGAAAGUAUGUCGCUGGAAGAUUUAGUUCCAACUUGCAGUGAUGAAGAGGAUACAUAACAUAAAUGUAUAUGUCUUUAUAACUCUCCAUAUACAAUAUUUCUUUUAAGGUAUUCCAACUCCAAAAUUGUUUAUACCUUUUCAUUUGUAGUUUGCACUGUUUAUAUAUUGAAAUAUUUUUUUCAAGUUUUUUUCUUUAAAUUAAACUGCUACAGAGCAAACUACAAUGGUUGGUCAAUUAUUUAUACAGUGUAUUAGUUUACAAAUGCUGAAGGUUUUUGGUGAACAAGAUCAAUUUGCCAAUAUGGCAGUUUGUUCAUCAUCCUGCAGAUGGUCACUUUGCCCAUUGCUGGCUAUCCUGCUGUAAGUGUUUUUUAAAGGUGUCCUAUCACCCAGACAUAAAAAGCUAUAUAAUAAAAGUCCUUUUCAAAUUCAAAACAAA